AUGGCUGCAAGAAGAGACCCGCUCUACAAUUUCCAGACCUUGCCUGGAUUCCGGUACCGGCUGGUAGUGGUGGCUGAGGAACGGGUAGGGGAGAAUUGGGUCGUGCGUUCUGAGAACGACCUGAGCACCUUCUCCCCUUUCGACCAGAGUGGGGUCCGUGAGAUCAUCUGCCGGGUGCGGGCCGAGUAUGAAGGGAGGGCACCCCGCCGCCGCACCGCCCGGAUCUCCACGGCCACGAGACCGCGCCGACGGGCCCCACAGCCACCCUCACCACCACCACCUUACUCCCCGGCGACGGCUACAACACCACCACCAGCGAUCCCAUCGGCACCGGAGGAAUACAGCCCGGUGCCGAUGAGCGACUCACCAGCGUCACCGGUGGAGUAUUCACCGCGGUCACCGUCCCCCGCACCACCUCCCAGUCCAGCCCAGAGUCCGUCGCUGCUGGUGGCAGCCACGUCAUCACCACCGAGACCGGCAGCCCCUGCAAGACCCCCACCACCUACCAUCCGGUUUGCAGGGAGGACUCCACCACCACCGAGGCCAACCCACGCACCGGUGGCAACUCAUCCCCCGAGGAACCACCCUAUGACUGUCCCUGGCUGGGCAGAUAGGGCGGUUCCCAUCUGGUUUAAGUGCCCUGUCUGCUGGCAAGACAGGCCAUCUGAGGUAGGGAAUGUUUUCGAGGACGUCCGCGCUCUCGCCUUUUUAAACCGAGCGCAACGUCAAAAUCGGGCAUUCCGAUUUUUUAAAGGAACCAGAACCAUGAGCCGCAGAGUAGGACCAGACCCUACGGUGAAUGAUUAUUGUAUCAAAUGUGAGGAGGAUUGGGACGAAGAGAUUGCCCAGCCAGCCUCACGGGAGGCUCUUCCCCCACCGCCCAUGAGCCAGGAUCUGCCCCCGCCAGAGGAAAACUGGGACGCAGAGAUGGAAGUGGUACAGCGGCCUCCGGGGAGAAUGUUUUUUAAACACGGGUGGUUGCCUGUGUUUGUGUUUGACCACGAGCAACCCCCGGAGGAGCAGAAAAAGAAGAGAAGAAAGAAGAAGAAGAAUAACAGACAGUGA